GAUACCCCUCCUCACACUUCACCACAAUCCUAACAAUGAUCUUGAUGCUGAAUUUGAUUUUCCUGCUCUUUGUGAGCACAAACCAGGCAGAGGACAUUUUGGAGCCAUGCGUAAGCAGCUUUGUGUCAGAACUGAGGAAGAUCAAAACCUUAGAGGCUGAAAUUCAAGAGCUCAGGAAACAGAUCACAGAACAACCCAAAGUGGCAUUCUGGGCCAUACCUUCCAGUGAUACUAAUGCAAUUGGACCAUUUCAGGAAUAUCAGAUUCUGGUGUACAAAAGUGCUUUGACCAACAUUGGUAAUGCCUAUGACACAACAACAGGUAUCUUCACAGCACCGGUGAGAGGAGUAUAUUACUUCAACAUUGUGGUUUUCAAUGCAAACUCCCUUGCAACUGGUGUGCAUAUAAUGAAGAACGGAGUGCGUGUGGCAGCAAUAACAGAUAAUGUACCGGGACAGGACAGUGAGGACACAGCGAGUAACUCAGUCACUCUGCUGCUUGAGAAAGGAGACCGGAUUUACAACGAGCUCCUGGUGAACCGGAAAAUUUACACUGAUACAGGAAACCGUAAUUCAUUCAGUGGCCAUCUUCUGUACGCAAUGCCCAAAACUCACUAAACACUGAUGCACACAUUGAUCUGGAGACAUUAGUAAUGUUGAGAUGAUAUCAGUGAAGUGGCAGAAUGCUGCCGCUCAUUUUAUCCAUAGUAUAAAAUUAUUAAAAAAAGAUUAUAAGUUCAUAAUAAUUGAAAAAUCAUCAUAACAGCAAAUAAAAAAAACAUGCAUACAAA